CUCCCUUCCGGUUCUGUAACUUCCACUCCACAUACGUUCACUGUCCAAGUUGAGCAAAAACAACUGCCUGCACUUUCUAUGCCAACUAUAACCACGGACUCUUUUGGUUUGUCUAUGGAGAACCCGGCAACUCAGCGCAAAAAGCAGAAAGAUGCUUCUCCGCGUCGGCUCCGAGCUAUCAAGGCAUGCAUUCGAUGCAACAAUCGCAAAGUCCGAUGCGACAUGCUCAACAAACCCUUCAGGACUGCGAACAACGCUCCCUCGCGAUGCACCAAUUGUCGUCUAGAUGACGAGCCUUGCAUCGUUCGACCGGCGAAACGACGAAGAGGUGCAUACCGAUAUGAUGCACAAGUCAACCUCGGCAUAGUCGAUGGCGAGAAGGCACGUUUCGAUAUGUCUAACUCUAUGGCUAUAAAUCCAAUACAAGAUACCACAGCGGCAUCAGGCUUGUCACCUACUAUGGAAUAUGUGCCAGAAAGAAUGCCAUGUCCAAAAUUAAACCUACCGAGCUAUUAUAGCGAAACGGCACUCUCAACAAUGAGAAGAAAUUUCGAAUCAGGUGAAGCGAUGUACUCCAUUGAUGAUUUUUUACAGCAACCUGAAAAUGAGAUAAUAUGGAGUUGGUCAGAGGGAGGAGGCCGAAGCCCUGGCCUUGAUGGCCACCUUAUAUUCUCAUACUUCAACUUCCUGCAAUUUGACGAGUUAUCUGCGGUAUCUCCCGAGGAUGCAAAAACACUUGAAGUUAACGGCUGUUUACACAUUCCAAUCAUCUCGACACUCGACAUCAUUGUGCGAGAAUAUUUUCUUCAUGUACAUCCUAGUCUACCAAUUUUGGACGAAGGCAAGUUUUGGAAAGUAUAUAGGAACAAAGAUAGAAGGCAAAACUCUCCGCGCAUAUCCUUGUUUCUGUUCCAGGCUAUGCUUUUCGUCAGCUGCAGCUAUGUCACUUUAGAUACCCUUCAGAUGUGUGGUUAUAAAACCACCCACGAAGCUCAAAAAACACUAUACUCUCGAGCGAAGAUGCUAUUCGACUUUGAAGCCGAGCACGAUGCAUCAACCAUCGCGCAAGGAAGUUUACUUCUGUCAUAUUACAGUACCAAUUCUGAACGACACCUUAAUACAUUUUGGCUCAACAUUGCAAUACAAUCUGCAAGGGCAGAUCAUGCUCAUUACUAUGAUAUUGAUAAGAGUUUAACAAAAUACGACAGGCAAAUGAAGAAACGACUCUGGUGGUGUUGCGUUAUAAGGGAUCGAAUUUUGCCCCUAGGAGUGCGACGACCGUUGCAAAUUACGCAUAACCAUCUUGACUCUGCCGGCCAAGAAUUGACUGAGGAGGACUUGGAGGAGGAUAUAGGCGAAUCAGAAGUCUACGAUACCGAGACACAGCAGCUUCUUGCAAAAAUCUUCCUUGCUCAGUGCAGGCUAGCCAUUGAACUAACUGAUGUCAUUACAAUGGUUUAUCCAGCAGACGGUGCAAAUCCGGUCAUCACAGCAUGUGAAGACGAUUUUAACAGAGUCUCAACCGAAACUAAAGGAUACGAGACGAAAUUGACCAAUUGGUAUAACACUCUCAAUCAGUGGAUUCCCACAGUUCUUGGAAAAUCACACGCGUCAAUUACGUUGUAUACAUCUCUGCUAUAUAUAUAUUACCACUCAGCUAGACUUGCCUUGUGCCACCACAAGAUCUUUGCUCUUGAAACUUGGACGUCAUUACUAGGUAGGGGCCAAGACACUUAUGUGCGACUGUUAGACCUUUUCAGGGGUGAACUUUGCUCUUCUGCAGCUGCUGUAACGUGCAUAGUUCAGGAUCUCCUUCAGCUCAAUUUGGGUCAGUAUAUGCCGAUUAGCGCUGUUGCCUACACUGCUCUGCCUCUUGUCAUAUCAGCGCUAGACGUGAAAAUGUCGCCAAGUUCUAGCCAGUCAAGAGCGCAUUAUCUCGAGACGUACCGCAAAUCUAUAGAGUUGUACUCGAAGAGAUACAAUGGCAUAGACACGGUUUUUUCCAUGAUGGAACGGAUUCUGGAAGAGGCAGAGUCAAAUUCGCGAAACCUCUGCCUUUCAACGUCACAUUUCUCCCACCAAGAUGCAAGUCCUUUGUCAGAUACCUCCGACUGGUUCCAGAUAUUUGUAAAGCACCCCAAACUUCACCUCAGAGUGGCCUUCUCGUUCGACCUCUCCUUCUCGAAUGGCAAAUUCCCAGAAGACUCCGAUUUCCCUAAACAACUACGCGCUGACCAGCUUGAGGAAUACUCCCACUCGCACAAAAACUUCAUGCCCACGGAGAAUGAACUCACAGCAGACGCAUUGGCACCUUUAUGCCUACAAAUUUACACUCCAACAUUUGAUGAUACCAUUUUAAACAGUCUCCAAAUGACGGCUAUAUAUCCGAAUUUAGACUUCAUGGAUCUGUUCAGCGCCACCACACCAGAGCGUAUCGUAGAUAUUUCAACAGACUUAGAUGUCAGAGUCGAGGAUGAUUCAAUUGCCUUUUUGCUACCCGAGAAGAAUACCGAAGAGAGUUGUGAGGGCGAUUCAACAUGGGAAAAGGUUAUAUGGGAUUUAUUUGAUCAUCCAAUUCCAGCAUAGCGAAAUACUUCAUUUGAG